AUGCGAGGUCCCGAGCGCGAGCCAUCUGUGGAGGAUUUGUUGGAGGAAAUGUCUCUUGCCGAUGGCAAGGCAUAUAAUGAGCACCUCAUGCCCAUUUGUCGAGGCGAGGUUCUGCCUAACCGCGCUAUUCCGGUUGAAUACAUCUUGUAUGACGUCUGGGAGGAAAUGCGAACGCAUGAUAGGGAGCUGGCCGAUGGGAUUCUCGAGCCCACUUUUACCUGCAUGCGAGCCCAGACAGACAACACCCGUCUCCGAGUCAACGAGUUCGGCCAAUAUCUUGAAUAUCGGGAGAAAGAUGUUGGAAAAGCGCUUCUAUCUGCCGUGAUGCGGUUUGUCAUGGGAAUUCACCUCUCUGCCGACGAACUGGAAAGACUAUCGCCACUUGAGCAAAACUACGCCAAGCAUCUUAUCGUUGUGAACGAUAUUUUUAGCUGGGAGAAAGAGCUCAAGGCCUCUCAACUCGGGCACGAGGAGGGCUCCACUCUAUGUUCUGCGGUCAUCGUCGUCGCGACAGGGACCAAUCUCAGUUUCGAUGCCGCCAAGCGCAUUCUUUGGCUGAUCGUUCGGGAGUGGGAACUUGUCCAUGAUGACUUUUGUGCAGAGAUGGUCGCAACAGGCUGUAGUGAGGCUAUGAAGGCAUAUAUGAAAGGACUGGAAUAUCAACUGAGCGGGAACGAGAUGUGGAGUCGCACAACGCUCCGAUACGCCAAGUUGGAUUAG